AUGACAUCAUUGGUCGGGGCCAGAAAGGCAGUCCAUGCCGGCGGAAGCCCAUUCGCGGUGGCAUUCCCCUGGUCUCCUCCAAGUGGAGCGAACACAAGAGUUGGGUUUGUCGCCGAGAUCGCAGGAUCGAGGUCUGUUGUAGAGGCUGUGGUACAGUGGUUUGCGCCUCACCAACGGCAUCCAUGGCCGAGGCCCGGGUCAAUCUGGUGUCUCGCGCUGUCACAUGGCUUCAGCGCGCGUUCCUGGCGGCAGUGGCAGGCUGGCACGUUGGCUCGGGUAGUGAACCGUUCGCCGUCGGUAGCGUUUCCGGGGGCCGCCGCCGUGGGUUCUGCAUUUCUCAAGCGCCGAGAACGCCGAGAUGCCAGACCUCGCAUCUCGGCGAUAGCCCGGAGGCGUCCGGCUUUCCGCAUUUGA